GCUUCUGGAAAGCUGUCACAGCAGCGAUGUUGUGCCUUCCCAGUGUACCCCGUCAGGGUGCCCAAGUCAUUUUGGCCCAGUAUUGGUGAUGUUGACCUUGGCCACCUGAUUUACACGGCGCCCAGUGACGUUUCCCCUGAGAAGCUCCGGGAUUGUGGAGGGCUUCGGGAGGUGGAGGUGACCGCCUGCCUGGUGUGGAAGGAUUGGCCUCACCGAGUCCACCCCCACAGCCUCGUGGGGAAAGACUGCACCGACGGCGUCUGCAGGGUGAGGCUCCGGCCUCAUGUCAGCCCCCGGCACAGCUUUAACAAUCUGGGCAUCCAGUGUGUGAGGAAGAAGGAGAUUGAAGCUGCCAUUGAGCGGAAGAUUCAGCUGGGCAUCGACCCCUACAACGCUGGGUCCCUGAAGAACCAUCAAGAGGUGGACAUGAAUGUCGUGAGGAUUUGCUUCCAGGCCUCAUAUAGGGACCAGCAGGGACAGAUGCGCCGGAUGGACCCUGUGCUCUCUGAGCCCGUCUAUGACAAGAAGUCCACAAACACGUCAGAGCUGCGGAUCUGCCGAAUUAACAAGGAGAGCGGGCCGUGCACGGGGGGCGAGGAGCUCUAUCUGCUGUGCGACAAGGUGCAGAAAGAGGAUAUAUCGGUGGUGUUCAGCAGGGCCUCCUGGGAAGGCCGGGCAGACUUCUCCCAGGCCGAUGUGCACCGCCAGAUCGCCAUUGUGUUCAAGACACCGCCCUAUGAGGACCUGGAAAUCGUUGAGCCUGUGACCGUGAACGUCUUCCUGCAGCGGCUCACCGACGGGGUCUGCAGUGAGCCUCUGCCCUUCACGUACCUGCCUCGGGACCAUGACAGCUACGGAGUGGACAAGAAGCGGAAACGGGGGAUGCCGGACGUCCUUGGGGAGCUGAACAGCUCCGACCCCCAUGGCAUCGAGAGCAAACGGCGGAGGAAAAAGCCGGCCUUCCUGGAUCACUUCCUGCCCAACCACGGCUCAGGCCCGUUCCUCCCGCCGUCAGCCCUGCUGCCGGAUACAGACUUCUUCCCUGGCCCCGUGUCCCUACCCGGCCUGGAGCCCCCAGGGGGGCCGGACCUCCUGGACGACAGCUUUGCCUACGAUGACGCCACAGCCCCCACACUCUUCACCAUGCUGGACAUGUUGCCCCCGGCGCCGCCACUCGCCAGCGCUGUCACGGGCAACGGGGCUGCAGGGCCCACUGUUGGAGAGCCUUCCGGCCCCGAGCCAAUAACACUGGACUCAUACCAGGCCCCAGGCCCCGGGGACGGGGGCACUGCCAGCCUUGUGGGCAGCAACAUGUUCCCCAACCAGUACCGCGAGGUCGGAUUUGGGGGAGGGCUCCUGUCCCCGGGGCCCGAGGCCACGUAGCCCCGAGGUGCUGGAGGAGAGAGGCGCUGGGCGGGAGGGAAGUAGGUAGAAGGAGCCCUGAAAACCCAACCCGGAUGUCCAGCACCUCCAUCCCCUUGGGCCACCCUUGGUCAGUCUUCCGACCUCCUCAUCCUUCUGAAUGGGACAUGUUCAGCGCUGGUCAGAAGCUCCGUAGCACCGGUUUCCCCUGAGCCCAUUUUACAAAUGAGAAAACCGAGUCCGGAGAGGAAAAGGGGCUUGGCUCCCAUGCACCAGCUUGUAAAGCUGCCUCAACCCCCACAAGAGGGGGGCGCCUUCUCCAGGCGGAUUCUGGAGUGUACAUAUGGGAGAAGGGUGCAGAUCCUCAGCUCUCCUUCCCCAAGCCUGAAGGUGGGGGAUACAGGUUGUUUGUUUUGAGUCUUCCCAAUAAAGAUGAGUUUUUGAGCCUCGGGA